AUGAUGCUUCAGGUCGCUACGUCUUUUGCUUUAUUGGUAGCCACACAAGCAAUUGGAGUACCACUUGCUGGCCAUGGUUUGGCUGUUGGUGGUAUAGGACAUGCAGUUGCUGUGGACCAAUAUACAGUACCGCACUACCAGUACGACUACGGUGUAGCAGAUCCACAUACAGGUGACCACAAACAGCAAUCUGAAGUUCGUGUGGGAGACGUGGUGCACGGAGAGUACUCUCUAGCCGAACCUGACGGUACCUUGAGGGUGGUCAAGUACACGUCUGACCCUCACAAUGGAUUCAACGCUGUGGUAAAGAGGGUCGGACAUGCUUACCAUCCUACUGUGGUUCGUCAUGCAGCAGUGCCUGUUGCAAUUGGUCGACUGGGGCUGGGAUUAGGCGGACUGGGACAUCUGUAG